UUAUUAUUAAAUACGUAUACUAGUUUUGAAAUUGUUGAUAAAUCAUAAAUAUACAUUAAUACCAUUUCUACUAAAACAACAACAAUUAUUAUUACCAUAUUCUUAAUUAUAUCAUAUGGUCUCAGACCACAGACGACGAAUGACGGUGUGAGUGUGCCGUGCGACAAAGUUGGUUACCGAUAAUUUUUGUUUAGUAUUGUGUUUACUGUUUAGUUUCCUCAGUUUUGGUUUGAUUUAUAAUUUUAACAUAAUGGAAAAAUUCAUCAAUCGAAGCACAAAAAAACAAAACAUUGUGUGUGAAGACGAUCCUGUACACAAUUUGGAAACAAUAGAAAAAUCAAAAUGUUACAUAUUUAAUGGCAAGUUUUUCAAAAUAAUAAAUGAAGAAGACAAUGAAAAAAAUAAAAUAUCCGCACAGUGCCAAAAUUGUCCUAAAAUCGUGCAUGGUCAUAAGGGUUCUACUGGAAAUUUUUUAAGUCACAUCAAAUUUAAACAUUUACAUUUGAUGGAAAAAGUCAAAGCAGCUAAAACUGUUAAGAAAAAUGUACAAUCCAUAAAAAAACAAGAAACCUUGCCGUUAUCGCAUACAAAUAAAAUAUCAAAACAAAAAAUUACUGACUUAACCUUUGCAUAUAUUGUGGAAGAAAUGAGGCCAUUAGUGACUUGCAAAAAACCAGCAUUCAAACGCCUCAUAAAAGGAUUAUGCGGCCUUGGCGAUACAACUUCAUUACCAGAUCGUAGAGUCAUGUCUAAUGAGUUAAAUAAUAAGUACACAUCAUACAUAACCAUGUUAACUGAUUUAAUAGCUAAACAAAAUUUUAUAUGUACAACGGCUGAUAUUUGGUCUUGCAAUAACAAAAGUUAUUUGGGUAUGACUGGUCAUUUUAUUGAUGAGCAUACCUACAUUAGACAUUCAUACAUUCUUGGUUGUAGAAGGAUUAAAGGAAGUCAUACAUUUUUAAAUAUAACAGAGAUAAUGAAUGAAAUAACUCAUACAUAUAAUAUCCAGAACUCUAAAAUAUCACAUACCGUAACAGAUAACGCUAGCAAUUUUGGCAAGGCAUUCAGAACAUACUCUUUAAAAUCUAUUGGUGUGGAGUUUUCAAACAUUGGUAAUGAUAACUGGUUUGCUGAUGAAUCUAUAUGUGAUGAUCCUAAUACUGGGGUAGAAAUUGAUAAUUCUAGUACAGAUUUUGAUACUGUAGAUUUCUCCACAUUGUUUUUGAAUUCUGAAGAUAUGGAAAGUGAUGAAAUAUGCUUACCAGAUCAUAUAACAUGUUCUGCACAUACUCUUAGCUUGAUUGCAACUGUUGAUGUAGACAAAAUUUCUGAUCAGUCUUAUAAAUUAACUUCUAAAAAUGCUUUUAAUAAAUUAUGUAGUUUUUGGAAUCUUUUAAGUCGUAGUACAGUGGCCUCAGACAAGGUAUAUGAUAUCUGCGAUUGCAAAUUUCCUAUACCUAUUGUAACUAGGUGGAAUUCCUCAUUUGACGCUGUAAAAAAAAUAAUUGCACAUAAAGAAACAGUAAAAUCUUUAUUUACUGAAUUGAAACUUGAACAACUAACAAAAAAAAAUUGGGUAUUUUUAGAAGAAUACUGUGCAGUUAUGGAACCGCUUGCCAUUGCACUUGACAAAUUACAAGCUGAAAAAUCUUGUUUUCUAGGAUAUGUCGCACCUACUAUAAUAUCGUUAAGACUUUUAUUAAUUCAACAGACAAAUUUAAUAUAUUGCAGACAUUUAGCGUUAUCAAUUAUUAAAAGCCUAGAAAAAAGAUUUUAUUUUAUAUUUGAUUUAGAAAACAUAAAAGGUAAGCCAUAUAUCAUUGCUUCAAUAUCUCAUCCUAGGUUUAAACUUUCAUGGAUACCUGGUCGAUAUUUAACUUUCUGUAAAAAUUUAUUUUUGUCUGAAUGCAAUUUCAUAAACUCAUUAACCAAUUCAGAUUCUAAUUCCGUUGAAAAUGAUUCUGCUGGUAGUGAUGAAGAAUUUUAUGGUAUUUUAACACAAAGUAAAUAUUCACUUGAUCGUUCGGCUUCUGAUAAUGUACACUGUGUACAGUUAAAUUUAAAUAGUACUAAUGAAGUAACUGUACAAGCACUAUCUUAUUUAGAUUCUAAAAAUAAAGACCUUGACAUGUUAAACACAUUCCCAGUUGUCAAAAAGGUCUUUUUUAAAUAUAAUACAACUCUCCCGUCUUCAGCACCAGUAGAAAGGCUAUUUAGUAGUGGAUCUCAAAUCUUAACCCCGAGAAGAAACAGGCUUCAGGAUAAGACUUUUGAAAUGUUAUUGUGUUGUAGGUGCUUAAUGCUUAAUGAAAGAAUUUAAUAAUUGUUAACAAUGUUAAUAUGUAAAAUAUAUCAUGAUUUUUUUUAUAUUUCAUGAAGUUUAUGUUUUUUUUUCCAAUAUUUUACUAUCAUAUGUAUUAACUAUAUAGUAUUAUUUCAAUUGUAAUGUUAUGUUUUAAAAAAUUAUAAUAUAACUACAAAGAUAAUGUACUUAAUUAAAACUAAUUACUUAUUAGGUAAUUAUUACUUAUUUCCCAUUCAUAAAUGUACAGUGUUUUUUUCAUUUUAUACUGAAGGUACAAUGUUUUUUUUUCAAUAUUUUAUUAUGAUGUAUAUUUACUAUUUUAUAUAUUUUAGAAUAUAAUUAUGUGUUAACCAUUAUUUGUAUAACAAAUUACAUUUUUAUGUUUAAUAAUUAAUUACUAUUAUUUUAAAAUAUAUUAAUGAAUUGUUUUAUAAAAUUAUAAUAAACCUAGGUACAAAGAAUGUAUUUUUUUUAAAACUAAGUACUUAUUAUUUAUUACUUAUUUUCUAUACAUAAAUGUACACAAUGGUCAAUGGCAGAUCUAGGAUUUUUUUUUUGGAGGGGGACGGGUAUAUUAAAAUAAUUUUAUCUUUUUUUUUAUCCAGAUAAAUAGUGUUUUAUCUUUUAUCUUUAUCUAGAUAAUUUAGAUUUUAACUAUCUUCUAUCUUUAUCUAGAUAAAUUGUAUCCAAUUAUCUUUUAUCUUUAUCUAGAUAAAUUUUUAGUUAUCUUUGCGCAACACUGAUUAUAUUGUAUCUGCGGCGGCAGUAUUGAAAUUCAAAACGUGUAAAACUUUUACGGGCUUGUUUUGACGCAUAAUGCAUACUUAAAAAGUUUUUAAGCUUAUAUGAGACUUAUACACACCGACAAUAACUGUGCGGGUUCUAUUAUUCCGUGUUUUCCAAAUUAACAUAUCUAUAACAAUAUUUAACACGCGCGUAUAUGUAUAUAUUCUAUACAGUAAAAAAUACAUUAUUUUAAUUACUGUCGACUUUAUGAACAUAAUAAUAUUGUAUACUAUUAUAUAGAGGUAGGUUGAAACCGUAAUUUUAACUUUGGUUGAUAUUUCGUUUCAUUUGACAUCACGCGGGUAAUAUAAGAAUUUCGCUCAGAAAACGCUGCAAAUGCAAUGCAGUCGGUGAAUACGAUUCCAACGAAUAGACAUUAAAAAUAAUUACAAUUACAUUAUACAUAAAACUAUAUUCAUAACAAUUUAUACCUCAAACAAUUUUCCCAGACCGCUUAUUUGUAUGCGUAUAUUGCAUCAUAAAGUACAUGUAAUGAAAAUGUAUAUAUUAUUUAUGUAAUAAUAUAUCAUGUUUUUCGAAUUAUUUUGUCCUACUCGCAGUUCCUGUAUUUUCAUAAUAUUCAAAUUUUAUAAUUUUAAAAUGAAUAUACGGUUUAUGAGACCGUGUAAUUUGUAAAUACACUCAAUAGACGUUUAAUCAAAGCUUUGAACUUUUGACUAGAGAUCAUCACUUACCAUUUACUGGGAAUCGCGUACUUAUCGCUCUUGUGUCAG